GGAGCAAGUGUUGAUUUUUUAUCACAUAGGUGAUCCUCCUCUUCUUCUAUAGAAAGAGCUCUUCUUCUAUAUAGUAGAAGGGAGGAACACCAAUUGAAAGAAGAGGGCAUGGCAGCAUUUUGGUCUGGGCCGCUCCUACUCCUGGGGUUGUUGAUCCUGCAAAGCCCAUCAUGGGUAGUGGAGGGGGGCGCGCCUCCUGUCUUCUUCUUUGGAGACUCAAUCUUGGACGUAGGUAACAACAACUACCUCAAUACGAAGGCCAAGUGUAAUAUGGCCCCUUACGGUAUUGACUUCCCUGGCAGGAAGCCUACUGGAAGGUUUAGCAAUGGCCUCAAUAUUGCGGACUUCUUAGCUAUCCAGGUAGGAUUGAAGGAGAGCCCACCAGCUUUUCUCUCCCUCUCAGGGCAGAACUUCCAAAAGCGCCCCUUCAGUGGUGUCAAUUUCGCUUCGGGAGGAUCGGGCAUUCUCGACAAAACCGGCAGCAACUUUAAACUUUAUAGCAUCGGUGCGAGGAAGUUUGGGAUAUUGGGUCUGUCAAAGACUGGGUGUAUCCCAGUGCUGAGAGCCCAGAGCAAGACUGGAGGCUGCAUUGAGGAACUGAAUUACGUGUCCCAAAGGUUCGACAAUCAAGUGGAAAAUAUGUUGCGACAGCUUUCCUCAGAGCUGAGGGGAAUGAAGUACUCGCUUUUUGUUGGGACUCACCUACCCGAAGUUGGGUUCGCUGAAAUGAAGACUGCUUGCUGCGGAUUGGGUAAAUUCAACGGUGAGGUCGCUUGCAAUCCGAAAGCUAGUUUAUGUGCCAAACGCAACGACUACUAUUAUUGGGACACCUUCCACCCAACGCAGGCGACGUCAAAAAUGGUGGUGGACAUUAUGUACAACGGCUCUCCACAAUACGUUGUUCCCAUCAACUUCAAGCAAUUAUGGAGGUCUUAGAGAGAGAGAUAGUUAUGAAGAAUACUUUGUUUUGUCAUGAUUACCGAUCUUUCAAAUUCGUUUUCAGUCCUUUUUUUCUUCAUUCUUUUCCAUUCUUUGAGGAUGAAGUUCCAACAUGCUUAUCAGGGCAACUGGUCUUUUGAUCGCCAUGUCAUCCCCUUGUAUUUUUGUUUCCUGCCUUUAUGAAUGGAUGGUCAGUUGGUUUUCCUCUUUU